GGCAAAGAGAAAAGGGCUGAGUGAGUUUCAACUUUGAAGCCUUCACACAACGGCAAGAAUAGGCAUAUUUUGCUGCCCCAUUCACCACCGUUCGCACAUCAUGAUCCCUCCAAGGAUCUAGGGAGAAAUGGACAGUAAAAUAAAACAUUGAAAACUUUAUAUUGCAAAUAUGUACAUGGUAUGAAAUUACCCCUCUCCACGAUUCCUUCUUAAGUCCCGGCCUCUGCUUUGCUUUUUUCAAUGCUGGCUCAAUCACAUUUCAUCUUACCUGCUGUAACCAUUCACUAUCCGAUUCGACCUUGCUCCGGCCAAAAUCAUUUCGCUACCACGGAGCAAUCAUCUUGUCCAGGUAACGAGCCCUCUCCAGAGCCAGGGAUUGAUGGAAUUUUUCUGAAGAAAAGGAAAGCCUUCCGGGAUUUGAAUGGUCUGGGGCCCCUGCACAGAUCAAAGCUGUCGAAUUGUGCUGCCAAAAAGAGGUAGAAGAGAGUAAAACAGGCUACGGUGACCAGCCUUCGCCCUUUUGACCAGCGCAUUUUGCAUCAAGGGCAAUUCACUUCCCAGUUCUUGAAUUAAUACACGCUCUUGCACACACAGUUUGACACCCUCAGUCUCUAAUCUUAUACAAGUUAUACUUUCGGCAUACUUUCUCAACUCUCUUCAUUGUGUCGAAUGUGUCAAGACCGAAAUAAGGCAGCCAACAUACUCGCAAUUACGAAACUCGAUUCUGCAUCCAGGAUUUACUUCAAACGAUCCGCGCGAACGCCAAUACAACGCAACCAAUCUAGCGGUUCCUGAAAUCGAGCGCUUCUGGUAUUAAUUGGAGAAGCUGAGGAAGGGUCGAACUUGAGGGGUUCGAGAUCAAACGAUCGGGAAAGAACAAUACGGCCAACAGAGACCACUGGAAUGGGAACUGAGAAUCAGUAUCAUCGAUCAAUUUUCCAUUCACCAUUACAGCCCAAGCACAGUAUAAACAAUCACGCGCAUUGAGGUUUCGCAAUUGCGAAUCAAAAUCAAUUAUACUCUUUGGUUUUACAGAACAUCAAGAUACAACAGUUUAAACACAGCCGAAAAUAUCUUGCGCGCAAUCGCGAAUUGUUGGCUUUAUUAAGAGAAAAUGGGUUCAACACAAUUUGGGAAUUUCCAUAACUUCUGCCGUGACUCGACGUUACCAGUCUGCAACCUAUUCAAUCCUCCCACCAACAGUAAUUUCGGAUACGGAGGCUGCGAGCUGACGGGCAUAUCGCUAGGUGGUGGAAAACAUCUAGGAAAUUUGGGCUCGAUAUUAAUUGCAGGAAUUGCAGUUGUAAUCAGUGCAUUCUUAAUAUGGCGGUCCGACAGAAAACAAGCAGCAGUUGGAAGAAGGGAAAUGCAGCUCUUUCUCCUAGGUUAUAUAAUCAUUGAAAUAUGUGAAAUAUUUACCGUGGGCGAAUUCCCAUUGAGCGCAACUGUUCGGAUAGCCUUCACCGGUAUCCACCUUGGAAUGAUUACCGCAACAUUAUGGAUCUUGAUGCUGAAUGCUGUUGUGGGCUAUCAGAUAAUCGAUGACGGGACAGCCAUGUCAUUGGGCCUGAUGGUCGCUUCAGCAGCAGUCAUAUUUAUUGGAACUGGAUACAUUGCCCUCGAUACUGGAUACAGCUGGACCGGACAUUUUGACUCCAGCUUGACUGGUCAAGGCAAUGGCCAAAAUCGAAACAUUGCUCUCUACGUCCUGUACCAGCUAGCACCGUUGGUGUUUUUGUUUGUGUUUUUUGUCCUAGAAACAGUCUUGGUCAUCAAAGUUUUGGGCGAGCGUAAGCCUAUGAUCUUCUUAGCGGGUGCUGCGGUUUUGUUUGCCCUUGGCCAAAUUUUCAAUUAUGUUGUUAGCCCUCACAUUUGCAACGGCACGAACGGAAAAAUUGAUGGAGCUCUUUUCGAGACGCUCUUCACUUUACUCUCUGUGGUAAUGGUAUGGACCUUUUGGUCUAGCAUCACAGAAGACGAUUGGCCAAUGCCAGUCACCAACACAUAUUCAUGAGGAAUUUAAGGAAAUCAAGGAGCAAUGGAGUUAGGAAUUUUUGUUAUAAUGCGCAUACGAAAGUCUUACGACAAUAUUAGUUUUAUACCCGAUGUGGUACAUCUUGCUACACAAAAAGCAUGAACAUUGGCUCAACGAUAGCGCGUAUUACAGCUACAGCUCUUGUCUAUGGGGUAAUGAGGACGAAGAAUUUCACGCCACACGAAAACGAGGGCGGAAGUAAUAAUGACAAGGGCGCAGCUAGGAAUGAUUAUACGAAUUGGCGGAAUGGCUUGUAUAACGAUUUUGCGAGUAUUAUACCCAACAUUGAACUUAUAAUAGGAGGAGAUAGAACUUAAUUCAGAGCAUCAAGGUAGACCACUUUAUUGCCACAUACUGUAUGCGAUUUAAGACCCUUGUGCCCCACUCAUCUCAGAUUUGAAUGCAUGCAUGGUAGCUUGUUAGUAGGGUAGAUCUCCAAUCGCGCAGACUCGCA